CGAACUUUGAGAAGGAGAAACGAGCGUGACCCGAAUGAAUCCCGUGUCACGGUCAUCGUGACAGAAGUCACAAACCUCCCAUCAUUGCACCGCCACACUGCACAAAGCACUGCGCUUUGUCUCAAUCCAUACAACAACACCAACAAGCAAUGGCUGAUCAAGCAGAACUAGUCUUUGUCAGGAGCUUUGUAAAAGUCAUCGGAGCUCAGCCUAUCGUAUACAGUGACGACUACCACCAGCCCCCACAGAAUUCGCUAAAGAGAGUCCCUAUCUUACCAGUUGAGCUUCCCCCUGUUCCAGAACGUAAAGGAGAGCCUUCCGCACCGUCAGCUGCAUCAAUCAGUAUUACGUUCAAGUCGACAAAGCCUCCGCAGUCGUUCACGCUUGCUGUACAGCCAACAGAUACUGUGUCCGAAGUUAAAGCCUUGCUUGCGUCUCAACCGAAAGCACCGCCCGCAGAAGCACAGCGGCUUUUACUCAAAGGAAAGGCACUUGUUGACACAAAGCUCCUCAAGGAAUACGGUGUGAAAGAAGGAGACACUAUAAAUCUAAUGCUUAAACCUGGGUUCGAUUGGGAUCCUACCAAAUCUCCAUCCCUGUCCAACACUUCACCAGUAAAGAUGAAACAUUCCAAUCUUCCCGAAAUACAAACACCGCAAGCGAAACUGGCAACAGGACAUAGGCAUACACGCACGCCUUCCAUCGUUUUGUCGCCAUCACCAUCAGUCGUGUCCCUCGAGCCCGAGGGCAAACCUAAUGAUAUUGAUCUGACUCUUGACACCUCUUUACUACCCACCGCUUCAAUAUCGCGCGCAGCGCGGUCAAGUUAUCAGACUGUGAUCGCCGAGCCAUCAUUUUGGGAUCGCCUGUACUCUUACUUGAGAACGGAAUUCAGUAAUGAUAGUGAUGCACUCAUUGCUUUUGAGGACUUCCUCCGGGCAAGCAAGGGAGGGUUGACAGCCAGUGAAAUCGCGAAAAUUCGUGAUCAUGUGGGCGUUGUCGGGAUGGCGGGUACGUAGAGUAAUGAACAUAUCUCCAAAAGUUAGUUGGGCUUCCACAAUGUGCACUUGUCUCCAUAAUUCGCCUCUGUCACGGCUUACCAUAAAUGCUUUACCAUGAGGCUGGAAUUAAUCCCUGAUGGGCGAUGCAAUAUUGUGGACGAUGGACAGGAAAGAUAAUCUUCCGCGACUUUCACAAUUGACUUGUCUCAACAAUAUCAAUCUCCUCCGUCCGAAGUGCUGUUCUAGUUUUGUGCUUGUCAGUCAACAAAAAUCAUCGUUUCACUUGCAGAACGUGAACUUCCCGCAUGUACGACUACUAUCAUUG